AUGACGUCGUCGGUUUUGGCCAGCUGCGAAAACUUGAAAAAAAAUUACAAUCCUUCCGCCAAUCACAAGUCAAAAGUCUCUCCUUAUCACGAAAGGCCCAUUCUAUGUACCGCUGCUGUAAACAAAUCGGACUCUACCUCUGCCGUGGUAAAUACGACAUCAGGGAAUGUCACACCACCGGGAUUUCGCUACAUCCGCUCGUUGGGCAGGGGCUCUUAUGGGCGUGUAGAGCUCUGUCAGAACACCGCAACAGAUGCAUUUGUUGCCAUCAAAUACAUCAACAAAAGCUUUCUUUGCACGCACAGGCAGCUAAACCGCGUGCGAAGAGAAGUGCGCAUCCUAACGCUGCUCGAGCACCCACACAUCAUCCAGCUGAAGGGCGUCAUUGAGACACCCGAAUCAAUCCUGAUGGUGCUUGAAUAUGUCCCGCAUGGCGAACUCUUUGAGUUUAUUUCUGCACGUGGUCACCUGACAAACAUGGAGGCACUUGUUGUGUUCAGGCAGCUGCUCUCUGCCGUCGCUUAUUGUCACGCCAACUGCAUUAUCCACCGGGACUUGAAGCCGGAAAACAUUCUUCUUGGGCGUGACCUCUCCGUUAAAGUGGCCGAUUUUGGGUUUGGGGCUGUUUUUGGCCAUAUCCCGCUUCUGUCGACCUUUUGUGGAUCGCCACACUAUGCGGCUCCGGAGAUGCUCUCUGGCACGCCCUAUUGUGGCCCAGAAGUAGACAUAUGGAGUCUUGGGGUUAUUCUCUUUGUAAUGCUGACCGGAAAGCUUCCCACUCAUGACUCUUCCCCACAUUCGUUGAGAGAAACACCCUCUUUUCCACUGGUAGUUUCCGCCACCGAGGCAAGUCUCUGUUCUAGUUCUGCAGAUUUGCUCCGCAGAAUCUUGGUGUCUGGUUCGAGCAACAGGGCAACACUGGCAGAAAUUCUCGCCCAUCCUUGGGUUCGUUCCGUAGACAUAGAUCUUCCCUACUCUUUCAUUCCAUAUCGCGAGCCAAUCUCCGAAAAAAAUCUGAACACAGAAAUUGUCUCCUAUCUUUGCCAAUCUGGCUAUGAUGAAGAGAAUAUCCGGCGGAUACUUAUACAGAAAGAACCGCACCCACUCAAGGCCGAAUACUAUCUUUUAAUGGAGCGUGACACUCCUAAAAUACUCUUGUCAUCUUCAAAGACACACUCGUCGCCAAAAAAAGCACAUCAAUUAAUUUCGAUGCCUUCGUCACCGCCUAUGAUUCAUAAUCGACGCUAUUCAUUGGAGAGCUCAUUUUCGGCGGGGACCAGAGACCGGUCUGUCAGCCCCGUGCGGAGGUUGCUGACACGCGUAUCUUCGUUUUUUACCUCUUCACCGAGCAGACAAACCCCGACGGAAUCGAUAUUCAAACCGCUUGUGGAAGCCUCUUCGUCAACGCGCGAGAGACGUUCUUCUAUGCCUGGGCUACCUGUAUAUAUGCCCGUCCCGGAGCCGUCAUCUGUCGCUGCUGAUGUACUGCAUAACCCCCGAAAAGUGAUGGAAGGAAACUCCUCCUCCAUCAUCACCCUCCAUUCACUCAAGGUUCCAGAGAUCUCUUUCGCAGUCACAUCCUUCCUCAAUAAAAUGGGAAUGAUUUUCUCUGCUCGCGAUCCCCGAAACCCGUUCAAACUGUGGUGCGAAAACCGACAGACAGGCCAUGGCGAGUUUCCAUUGCUCGCGCUCACUGUGGAGGUGGUGGAGAUAUGUUUUGGCCAUCGCGAGCGAGGGGCUCCGCCCCCCUCUCUGUUUGGCUUGGAGUGCCGGCGGAUAUGCGGGGGCUCAUGGGUUGUUUUCCGCCGCAUGAUGACGCUGCUCAACAGACACAUUUCGGAGUUGUAUGAAGAACCGCAGCUGCCCGAUGCUUAG